AUCACUCACACACACUCAUACAACCUGUGCAUUUUAAGUAAUAGUCCACUUGCGCAGGAAAUAAAUGCCACGCAUGAAGAUCACUGUCGUCUUAUUCAAAUGUGCACCAGCAACAUCAAAUAACAGUUAUUCAAAUACGUUCGUACAGGCCCUAACUAUACAACGUGCUCCCACACACACACACCCACGAGCCACGCCUCCUGAAACGCUGGGCUACCGGUGAUUGUUGAAAACCAAUGAAGGACCAGGACCUCACAAAAGGCUAAUAACUAGACAGGACUGUCCGAACAUUACACACUACACCAACUACAUACUAUACUGUAACGAGGAGUGUUCCCUGCCGGACAACACCAUGGGUAAGCGCAAGGUCAAAAACAACGUCAAACAGGAGGAUCAAGUUGCCUCUUGUGCUGGAUCCACCGGUGGUCAAAAGUAAACCGCGCAACCAUUAUGUUCUUCUGUGCUUUUUGUUAUUCGUGGUCGUCGUUGGGGGUCCACUUCUCAGUUGGCUCUGUUAUCAGCAGCAACAAUCCAUUGACGAUUUGCAGAAACCGUUACGUCUUGCAGAGGAAGUUUGUUAAGUUCCAACAACAUGAUGGGGCAGGGAACACACAAUUGGAUGGCAUUAGUCAUGUGGAAGAGAGGCUGCUGGCUCUGGAGCAGGCACAGCCCGAGGCCCAGAAGCAGGCAGAGAUGGCCCUGACAGCUACCGAGCCAACUGGACGAUUCGGACCUCCGUUGCUCAGGUGCUGGCCCUGCAUACUGAGAUGACUACAGAGCUGAACAAGAUUGCAGACCUGCAGCAGAUGGAGUGUCAGUGGCUGCACUGAGUGCACUUUCUCACGGACCAAAGCAAGGAGCUGGAGGCGGUGAAGCAGAGCAUCAGUGACAUUCUGAGCUCCAACUCCCAGCUUGCCCUCAGCAUCUCCAGCAUCUCCAGCAGUAUCACCAGUGCGGCAUCCCAACUCGACCAGCAUGGCGUUUCUGUAGACGACAUGAGUAUGCAGCUACAGGGGCAGGCCGAUGACAUCCAUAGCCUAAAAGAAAUUCUCUCUAGUCAGCAGGCGUCUCUCGAGUCCAACGGUCAGGAGGUGCUGGAACUAAAGAGCCUGUUGGUGAUGGAGCGGAUGAAGAGGAAGAAAUCCCUGAAUAAGCAACUAAGAACCGUACAGCAGAGCAUAUCAGAGCAACUCAGCCCUGCCCACAGCCUCCAUGCUGACCUGGAGACCCCAUUGCUUGCUGUGCAUAGCCAGGAACCCGAGGAGCUACCUAGUGAGCAGGUAGACCAAGAAGCUGCAGAAGAAACACCUAAUGAAAUAGCCGAGGAAGCCUAUGAAGAGGAGAUGGCAGUAGUAGAAACUGAAUCCAUGGAGGAGGCAGCUGAAGCUGAUGAGGAAGCAAUAGAUGAAGCUUCUGAUGAAACACUGGAGGCAGAAGAAGCAAUUGACAUUGUAGAGGAAACAACCAGAGAAGAGCCAGAAGAUGUUUCUGAGGAACCACUGGAGGAAGAGCAAAAAGAAUCAGCUGAUAUUGUGGAGGAACCCACAGAAAAUCAGAUGGAAGAAACAGUAGAUGAAGUGACAGAAGAAGAUAUUGCAGAAGAACAAGCCGACGACGAAGAAUUUGCUGAGGAAGUAACAGAAGAAUUAGCGGAAGAGGAGGCAGAUGAAGACAAAUCAGAAGAAGAAGAAAUAGAAGAAGAAGAAGAAGAAGAAAAAGGAGAAGAAGAAGAAGAGGAUGAAACUACAGAAGAACUGGCAGAAGGGACAGAACGUUCUUUAGAUGAUAACUCUGUGGACGACACUACAGAGGAACCAUCAGAACUUGAUGAAGAAUCUACUGAGGACAAUUUUGAGGAGGACUCUGUUGAUGAGCAGGCUGAUGCUGAGGAGGAAUUAGUUGAAGAUGAUUUUGAAGAGGAACUUAAAUAUGAGCCAUCAGAAAAUGUAGAAGAAUUUGGAGAAGAUGUCAUGGAGGAAACCACAGAGGAGGCACGAGAAGAUGCGGAAUAUGAUGAAGAUGAUUUUGCAGAGUUUGAAUAGUUUACAAAAUAAGGCGCUUUUUCAAAAGAGCAAGAUAAUGAAACAUUAAAACAAACAUGGCUGAAUCAGUCAUUUCUUUUGAUACAUGCUAAUCAUAAUUUGUUUAGAAAUUAUGUCAGGCAAACAAAUAAACAAUAUUUUUACGUUUGUUUUCAAGAGAAACUCUUUUUCUUAGUCAAGAUAAUGGCCCUGCCUUAAUUGUCAUGUUUGUUUGGGUGAGUGUUACCCUGAGAUGAGAUUUUUUUUAAAUGAGAGUUUUGCCUCAAAGAACAUAAAAAAUAAUAUAAUGCACAAAACAACCUAUUUAUAUGAGUAAAACUGUAAUCACUGGAAAUGUCGGCAGAAAAAGCCUAAAUUAUCAUAACUGUAAUGAUUUUAUCUUUAAUCUCCCUGAGGUUCGAAAAUAAAGCUAAUUUGUAUGUUUUGUA